AAUACCCAUUUAGUAAAAAAGGCACAAUUAAAUGUUUGAGGAAACGCAAUUCAGUAAAUUUCUUUAAUAUGUCUAUUUUAAUUUAUAUACAGUCAAAAAUUUUGGUGCCGAAAGUACAGUUUUAUACACCUUAACUUAAGCAUUCAGACAAUGUCAACUUAUGUUGCCGUAGCAUUGUGUGCAAUAUCGGGAGUAUCCUGUUUUAUCAUCGGAGCUCUCGUACAACAACAUCUUUCAUUUAGAAAAAUUAAAUCUGUCAUGGUUUCUGAUCCGUAUGUCUAUCAAUGCCGUCGACAAAUUUUCAGCUCAUUGGCGAUGUUUGGGCGUUCGUCUGAAAAGAUAACUACAAGUGCAGAGACAGGACAUUCAAUAAGUGGUGGAUUGGAGUCUGGGAGUAGCAGAGGAUUUUCAGAAGGACAAGAUCCUGGUAGUGUAUCCACAUUCGAUCACUUUGUACUUUGGGGUCGGACGACGGCGCAAAAAGCAAUCUCGUACAUGACACUUUCGGUCGCGCAAAAUGGACACCCACAGGAGAAACUUGAGCAUGUAGCUAGAAUCAUGAAGUACGGAUUUCCCGGCAUGGAUGACAUACACGUCUACAAAAACUUUGUGCUCUCCUACGAUCGUCGCAAUCGUAUUGCCCAUUGGGUAUGCGAACACGUCAGAGACGAUUGCCUAAUGUCCAGGGAUCAAAGGACUUUGAAUAAGCCAAAUGCGUACAUGGCGGACACUUCCAUACCGGCGACAUUCAGUGCAAAUAUGCGAGACUUUAAGAAUACCGACUGGGUUGGUGGACACAUGGCCUCCCCUCAGAACUACAAAUGCGAUUCGGUGAAGUUCCUGGAGGCCUACAAGUUCUCCAACAUCGUGCCUAUUAAUCGUGGGCUCAAAAACCACAUUUGGUUCCGUUUGGAAAACUAUGUUCGGGAAAUGGCGCUCGAAUACGGCUCAGUUCAUGUUUAUACCGGUCCGAUGUUUAUGCCCCAGAGGAUUACGUUCAGGAACUGGUCGGUUCGUUACCAUGUAAUGGGCAUGAACACGGUUGCCGUUCCAACGCACUUCUUCAAAAUCAUCAUUAGGGAGGAUAGGUUCAAUAGUGAGUUGCCCAUUAUGGAAGGUUAUGUUGUGCCCAAUACGUAUGUCGACAAGGAUAUGGAUCUGCGUUCGUUUCUAUCCGAUAUUCGUGACAUUGAGCACUUCGCAGGACUCAAGUUUUGUGACGGCCAGCAGCGGGAUCAACUUGAUCUGCCUGUCAGAGCGCCCUCGAUGUCGGAUCUUCAGAAUGACUAAAGUCAGUAGUACAGUCCCCCUAUUACACAUUUUAUAAAUAAAUAACAUUUUUAGCCAA